AUGCCAUGGUCGCCAGUUCGAGUCUGGCAUGGGGCAGUAUCACUUUUGCCAAUCGCGUUCAUCACCAAUUCCCUGGCGCGACCUUUUAAUACGUCAUCGAAAUCUUCUGUUUACUUCAGCCAUUUGGUAGACAUGAAGUACGCGUCGCUAUUCUUUCUACCUCUCACUUGCUCAAUGGUUGUCUGGCCCGUGCUCGACAACAUCACCAACGCCACCCAUUCGUUGGUGAAGCCCAAAAAUUGGGCCGAGAAGAAUCUCGGACAAUGGUGUCGAAAUUUCACCGUCAAUAUUCAUACUCAAUGCCCACAAGCGUCCGCAUUCCACCAAUUCGAUUGCUGCGGACCACACGAAACCGACUGCUGUUUCGCCAUUCAAGGAUGGGUUAUCGUUUACGGAGCAGUCAUCGGAUCAUGCUCAAUAAUCACUUUAAUAUUUUCGCUUCUUCUCAAGCACAACGUGAUCUGCCUUCCAACAUAUCCCACAAAAUCCACAUAUAGAGGCACCGAUAUUUAG